GGGAAGGGGGGAACCAAAACUGGAGAGAGGCGAGCAUGGAGUAUUUCAUGGUACCAGCUCAGAAGGUGCCGUCCUUGCAACAUUUUCGGAAAACGGAGAAAGAAGUGAUUGGCGGUCUAUGCAGUCUGGCAAACAUUCCUUUGACCCCAGAAACAGCCCGGGACCAAGAGCGACGGAUUCGAAGGGAGAUCGCCAAUAGCAAUGAGCGUCGCCGUAUGCAGAGUAUCAAUGCUGGAUUCCAGUCACUUAAAACACUCAUCCCACAUAGUGACGGAGAGAAACUCAGCAAGGCUGCCAUCUUGCAACAAACAGCAGAGUACAUUUUUACUUUGGAGCAGGAGAAGACGCAGCUAUUGCAACAGAACAGUCAGCUCAAAAGAAUCAUACAAGAAUUAAGUGGCUCCUCCCCAAAAAGGAGACGCGCAGAGGAAAAAGAUGAAGGGAUCGGUUCACCAGACAUUCUGGAGGAGGAGAAGACUGAGGACUUGCGGAGAGAGAUGAUCGAGUUGAGGCAGCAGCUCGAGAAAGAGCGCUCAAUCCGGAUGAUCCUAGAAGAGCAGAUGCGGUCCCUGGAUGCCCAGCUGUACCCGGAAAAGCUGAAGGCUAUUGCCCAACAUGUUCAGGAACAGCAGCUCAAAACUCAGAACCUUGUACGACUGCAGCAACACAAGCAGCAAGAGCGAGAUAUCACUCCAGCCCAGAGCCCGCAGGUGCUAGCUCCUGGAACGCCCCCUGCAUCGACCCACCACGCCACAGUUAUCGUCCCUGCACCGGUCCCACCUCCCCAGCCCCACCAUGUCACCGUGGUAACCAUGGGUCCAGCCUCAGUAAUCAAUACAGUGUCCACAUCACGACAGAACCUGGACACCAUUGUUCAAGCAAUCCAGCACAUCGAAGGCACCCAGGGAAAAGUGUGUGCCGGUGAGGAAGAGCAGCGGAGGGCUGUCAUCGUCACUUCAGGGCGUGUCAUGUCCGAAGCGGCGGGUUCAGACACAGCCUCAAACAGUGACGGGCCUGAUGACUGUUCACUACCCUGAGCUUGUCCCUGAUGUCACACACACAAUCACACACAAACAGACCAGCGCGACGGAGCCUAAAAAUCCACAGCGCUCUUCUACAGUGGACAUUAUUAUGGCUGGUAGACAGAUUGAAGCACUCUUUUUUCUUUUUUUUUUCUUUUUCUUUUUUUUUUUUGUGUUGCCCCUUGUGGUAGACAGUUAAAAUAGGUUGACUCUUAGACACUCAUAUUCUGCAUCUGUACUCUGCUUACAUCACUCACUAUCCUAUACAACGGUUAGAGCCAACACUUUGCUGACUGAUCUACAAAUGUUCUUCACUUCUACGCUGGUUAUAGCGGAAACAAAAAAUUGUGAAUGUCUGCUGACCACCCCCAGAUUUCUAUAACUGGUGCCGAAGUCACCCGACCGAUCCACCAAGCUGAAAAUCGAGACCGCUGUCUUUUUCUUUUUUUUUUUUUUUGUCUUGGGUAAUGUCUAUAUUUUCAUGUUUUCUGUAUGGCAGCGAUUUAAAGUGAAAAUGAUAAAAGCACCACACUGAUUGGUGGUGUCGAAGCUGUCUUCAUGGCUGACUGGCACUCCCAGGAAAUGAAGCGAAGCUCGGAAGGAGACGGUGCACUUAAUGUUUCAAAAGUCUUGUUUUUUAUGUUUGUUGCUACUUUUUACUGGGCUGGGUUCCCAGUAGCCCAACAUGUGUUUCGUAUGUUCCCCUUGUUACUCACAGCCUGAUAACAAUCAGUGCUUUGGCAUUUCUUGAUGUCCUCAUUAAAAGAUUAAAAAAACAAACAAAUAAACACCCCCCACCCACACACACACACACACACACACACACACACAAUCCAGUUUGCGCAGGACUUUGAGGUUUCCCCAGACUCUGGUAGUCUACAUCAGCGCCACUUUUUGCCCCUUUUUUUUUUUUUUAACAAAGGCACAUGCGCACAACACUCUGACACCCACUUGUUUGCGCAAUGUUAGGAGCAGGUAUUGUUUUCACAGGAUACCUAAAAAAAAAAACCUCCCAACAAUAUCACUUAAGUGUGGGAUGACUGGGUUGACAAUGCGUGCUCUAUGCAUUUCCUAACAUAGCUCAUUUGUCCGUAUUUGUGCUUUUUUUUCUACCUUGCACAUAAAUAGUGUUAUUAUGCUCUUUACAUGUUUCCUAUUUGGAUCUUCUUUUAUAAAUGUGUGGUUUUAUGUUCAGUUGGCUGAUACGUGGAGGCAGUAGCUCGCCUUACUAAUAUUUUGUGGGAGCAGGGCGGCACUGUGGGGCCAGCCUUAAAACAGCCCUGGGGUCCGAAAGACAAACCUGAACACUUGAUAUGGGCCUUUGAUGGCUGCUGGAAUCCCUUUUUUUCCUAUCAUACUUUUUCAAACUCUCGUAAAUGCCGAGGCUGUGUUAGAAAAUACCUUCAAAGUUGCUUUGUGUCAAUUUUUUUGCCUCAAAAAUGGAACAUGUUGAUGGAUUACUAAUUAAAUUGGAACUGUCCGUGUGCACCGUUGACAUCAUGCAGAAGAAAGUUCCACUGUCAGAUGACAUUCCAUAACAUUUUGACAUUUGCUGCCCACAUUUAUUUUAUGCUGACUACUUUUAAGAAUGGUGAAACGUCUGAAGGCUCAUUUAUGUCCAUAAAUCUAUCCAUGCAUUUCAGAUGGUGCCACCGUAACUGCCCACAUGCUUCCAUACAUCAUUCACAUUGAAGGCUUCUGACAACAUCAAACACAGCGGCGGUUGAAGUACUCAUUAAUAUGUAUCUACCACAAAACAGACAGGCUGUGGUGUAUACAGAGAUGGCCUGUGAGAGCAUUAAGUAUGUUACAGCAAGACUGCAUACCAUAUUGACCUGAAUAUAAGACCCCCCCCCCCCCCCCCCCCCCCCCCCACACACACACACACACACACACUGGGGAAGCAUCUGAGAAAAAAAAGGGAGUCAUUUAAUAAUCAGGGCCAUUUUAUAUUUGGGCCAGUGCCGUAUAUAAAAUACAUCAAAAUAUUCCACCAUUGUUAAUAGUGUCCUUUUUCUAAGGGUUAUUGCUAGCCUGAGCUUUAGCAACACUCCCCUCACGAUUUCCAGUGGUACAUUUUAUCUGUAUCUACUCAUAUAAGCAUUCAGAAAAUGGAUGCAAAUACAGACAAAAUGAACGUAGCGUGUUUACAGAAGCUCUGUUGUAUCCCAAUCCAAAUUUAAUGUUGAGCAUAAAUGAGCCCCAACACAUCAUUGUUUUUGUUUUUGGUAUUGUGAGCAAGCAUUUUUUUUUUACCUUCCAUGAUAUGGUGAUCGUGAGAUUUAUGAUGUCAGCUGCAGGAAGCUGAUUGAACAUUAUAUCUGGAGUUUGCAUGCUCUUCUUGAGUUUUUUUUCUUUUUUGUUAAAUAAACAUGAGCACCAGAAUUUGGUAAAUUUGUGCCAAAGCCAAGUUCAUUUUUACGCUCUUGUCCUGUGCGGGGAUAUAUUAUGUGGACACUUCAAAUUGUCAGAUUAUUUGAGUGGGUCUGAGGAUAAUUAAAUGGAGUCCAAACUACGAAGCACUUAUUAAAAUACUGGAGUCUGCUGCUUUAUUUCCAAAAUAAAUAAAAAGGCUGAUAUUUGGCUGAUGCUCUUGAGGUUCAGAGUACAAACCACACAGCUGUGUAUCACUCUUUCCUUCAUAUCCAAUCGUCUUUACAUAUUUUUGUUUAUCCUCCACAUAGAUUUCAGUCUUUCUAGCUGUCUAUCUGUUGUCAUUUCCCCCGUCACUUUUCACAACUGCCUCCUCCCUUUCCCUUUUUGUUAGCUCUCUUGGUGCAUAUGGUCAACAAAAAGCUAUGUUUGUUUUUGUUUUGUUUUUUUAAGAGAAAUGUUUUGGCGAUAAAGAGGCUUGUGCCUUUGUAAAGACAGAAUAAUAAAGUUUGUACUUGGUUUUUUACAGA